GCGAGCAUCCGAAGGGGCGAGAACCCUCUCUCCCAUUGGCCUCGGCUGGAGGGCGGCCCCAGAGCUCAAGCUAUGAUUGGCGAAUGGUAGAUGCGGAGGUUGGGUCUUGGCUUGCUCUCGCGAGAUUUCGUUCAGCGCGCCAAACUCGGAGAGAGAGCCCAGGGGAAAGGAUGGCUGCGAAGAGGGUUGGCCGCGGUCGCGGCAGCGCUUGGCGUCGGUGGGCUCCGGAGACCUCCGCGGGGGACGCUGAGGGGGAAGCCGCGCCCAGGGAUGACGGCGCCUCCCUCUCUGCCCUCCGCCGCUUGGAGCGCAGCCAGUGGAUGGACAAAAUUGAUGGACAGUUUGGAUUUGAGAGGGUGAAGGAGCCGGGAGAGAGAACGGGCUGGCUGAUCAACAUGCACCCGGUAGGAAUCUCCAGCGUUCCUUCUGGUUGAUGGCAUCUCUCAGAACAGCUCAGACUGAGAUUUUGGAUGAGGAUAAACGCUUGGUCAGUGCUGUGGAUUAUUACUUCAUUCAAGAGGAUGGAAGCCGGUUUAAGGUGGCCUUGCCAUAUCGGCCGUACUUCUACAUUGCAACCCAAAAGGGCUGUGACCGAGAAGUGCUGUCCUUCCUGUCCAAGAAGUUCCAAGGGAAAAUCGCAAAGCUGGACACUGUACCCAAAGAAGACCUGGACCUGCCAAAUCACCUGGUUGGUCUGAAGCGGAACUAUAUCAAGCUCUCCUUCAACACGGUGGAUGACCUGAUCAAGGUGCGCAAGGAGAUCAUGCCGGCUGUGAAGAAGAACCGGGAAAGAGACCAAGCGAUGGACUCCUACACCUCGAUGCUGGCCAGUGCCCUGGCUGGGAACAGCCUGACCAGCAAGACGGAGGAGCCCUCCAAGAAGACAGUGGACCAGAUGGACAACAUUGUAGACAUGAGAGAGUAUGACGUUCCCUACCAUAUCCGUCUUUCCAUUGACUUGAAGAUCCACGUGGCUCACUGGUACAACGUCUGCUAUCGGGGUAGCAGUUUUCCUCCUGAAAUUUCCCGCCGGGAUGACUUGGUCGAACGGCCGGACCCUGUCGUUCUGGCCUUCGACAUAGAGACCACCAAGCUGCCUUUGAAAUUUCCUGAUGCAGAAACGGACCAGAUCAUGAUGAUCUCCUAUAUGAUUGAUGGGCAGGGUUACCUGAUCACAAACAGGGAGAUUGUUUCAGAGGACAUUGAAGAUUUUGAGUUUACUCCCAAGCCGGAGUACGAGGGUCCCUUCUGUGUCUUUAAUGAACCAGAUGAGGCCCAUCUGAUCCAGCGGUGGUUUGAGCACGUCCAGGAAACCAAGCCCACCAUCAUGGUGACUUACAACGGCGACUUCUUUGACUGGCCCUUUGUGGAAGCCAGAGCGGCAGCACAUGGACUGAACAUGCAGCAGGAGAUUGGGUUCCAGAAGGACAACCAAGGGGAGUACAAAGCUACUCCGUGCAUCCACAUGGAUUGUCUCAGGUGGGUCAAGAGAGAUAGUUACCUCCCGGUGGGAAGCCACAACCUGAAGGCAGCAGCCAAAGCCAAGCUGGGCUAUGACCCGGUGGAGCUGGACCCUGAAGAGAUGUGCCGGAUGGCUACUGAGGAACCUCAGACUCUGGCCACCUACUCAGUGUCCGAUGCUGUUGCUACCUAUUACAUGUACAUGAAGUACGUCCAUCCUUUCAUCUUUGCCUUGUGCACCAUCAUCCCAAUGGAGCCUGAUGAGGUGCUCCGUAAGGGCUCAGGGACUCUGUGCGAAGCGCUGCUGAUGGUGCAGGCCUACCACGCCAACAUCGUCUUCCCCAACAAGCAAGAGCAGGAGUUCAACAAGCUCACUGAGGACGGGCAUGUGCUGGACUCGGAGACGUAUGUCGGGGGCCACGUGGAGGCCCUGGAGUCCGGGGUCUUCCGCAGCGACAUUCCCUGCCGCUUUAAGAUGAACCCGGCUGCCUUCGACUUCCUUCUGACGCGGGUAGAGAAGACGCUGCGCCAUGCCAUUGAGGAAGAGGAGGGGAUCCCCCUGGACCAGGUCACCAACUUCCAGGAGGUUUGUGAUGAAAUCAAAGCCAAGCUGAACUCCCUGAAGGACGUUCCCAACAGGAUCGAGUGUCCCCUCAUCUACCAUCUGGACGUGGGGGCCAUGUAUCCGAAUAUCAUCCUGACCAACAGGCUGCAGCCCUCGGCGAUGGUGGGUGAGGCCACGUGUGCUGCCUGCGACUUCAACAAGCCCGGCGCCAAUUGUCAGCGGAGGAUGACCUGGCAGUGGAGGGGAGAAUUCAUGCCGGCAAGCCGCAGUGAGUACCACCGCAUCCAACAGCAGCUGGAGUCGGAGAAGUUCCCCUCCCUCUUCCCAGAUGGGCCGCCCCGGGCGUUCCACGAGCUGUCCCGAGAGGAGCAGGCCAAGUACGAGAAGAAGCGCUUGGCAGAUUACUGUCGCAGGGCCUACAAGAAAAUCCACGUGACGAAAGUGGAGGAGCGCGUCACCACCAUCUGCCAACGGGAAAACUCCUUCUACGUGGACACCGUGCGGGCCUUUCGCGACCGGCGCUAUGAGUUCAAGGGGCUACAUAAGGUAUGGAAGAAGAAGCUGGCAGUGGCCACGGAGAUGGGCGACGCCUCGGAAGCGAAGCGCUGCAAGAAUAUGGAGAUCCUGUACGACUCACUGCAGCUGGCGCACAAAUGCAUCCUCAACUCCUUUUAUGGCUAUGUCAUGCGCAAAGGGGCUCGGUGGUACUCGAUGGAGAUGGCGGGCAUUGUCUGCUUCACAGGUGCAAACAUCAUCACGCAGGCCCGGGAGCUGAUAGAGCAAAUUGGGAGGCCCCUGGAGCUGGACACAGACGGGAUCUGGUGUGUGCUUCCAAACAGCUUCCCAGAGAACUUUGUCAUCAAAUCCACUAAUGCCAAGAAGCCCAAGGUGACAAUCUCCUAUCCGGGCGCCAUGUUGAACAUUAUGGUGAAGGAGGGGUUUACAAAUGACCAGUACCAGGAGCUGGUGGACCCAGCCUCUCUCACGUACGUUUCCCGCUCGGAAAACAGCAUCUUCUUUGAAGUCGACGGGCCAUACCUGGCCAUGAUUCUCCCAGCCUCCAAGGAGGAGGGCAAGAAGCUGAAGAAGAGGUACGCGGUGUUUAAUGAAGACGGCUCCCUCGCCGAGCUGAAGGGGUUUGAGGUGAAGCGCCGUGGGGAGCUGCAGCUGGUGAAGAUCUUCCAGUCCUCCGUGUUCGAGGCUUUCCUGAAGGGCACCACCUUGGAGGAGGUCUACGCGUCGGUUGCCAAAGUGGCUGACUACUGGCUGGACGUGCUUUACAGCAAGGCUGCCAACAUGCCCGACUCGGAGCUGUUUGAGCUGAUCUCUGAGAACCGCUCCAUGUCCCGCAAGCUGGAGGAUUACGGGGAGCAGAAAUCCACCUCCAUCAGCACAGCCAAGCGCCUGGCCGAGUUCCUGGGAGACCAGAUGGUGAAGGAUGCAGGGCUGAGCUGCCGGUUUAUCAUCUCCAAGAAGCCAGAGGGGUCCCCGGUCACUGAGAGGGCCAUCCCGCUGGCCAUUUUCCAGGCCGAGCUCUCGGUCCGUAGGCACUAUCUCCGGAAAUGGCUCAAGAGUCCCUCGCUGCACGAUUUCGACAUCCGCACAAUCCUGGAUUGGGAGUAUUACAUUGAAAGGCUGGGUAGCACCAUCCAAAAGAUCAUCACCAUUCCCGCAGCCCUGCAGCAGGUGAAGAACCCAGUUCCCCGUGUCCGUCACCCCGACUGGCUUCACAAAAAACUCUUGGAGAAGAAUGAUGUGUACAAGCAGAAGAAAAUCAGCGAGCUCUUCGCAAGCGAGGGCAAGAGACAGGUCACUGCCAACUUGCCUCAGGAAAACACCCCGUGCACACAGGUCGCAGACAUGGAGGAUUUUGGGGUCCCCAAGCCUCAACGUUUGGGGGUCCCUGUGUCGAGCAAGCGUAAACGGGUGCCCACAGCAGAGGAGAGCCAGCAGCAGUCUCAGAAUCUGGAGCUGACCCAGUCUUGGAGGGAGAUCCUGGGCCCGCCCCCGCCCACUGGCACCACCAAGGAGGAGCGCCUGGUUUGGCUGUGCUACCACAAGAAGAAGUGGGAGCUGCAGGCUCGGCAGCGCCAGGAGCGCCGGAAGCGGCGGCGUUUGGCGGACGGCGAGGUGGCCCUGGGUGGGGGGCUGAUCCGGGCUGGCCCCUCCAAAGGGCUCGGCAGCUACUUGCGCAGGACGGCCCGCAGCAUCCUGGACAUGCCCUGGCACAUUGUGCAGAUUGCCGAGACCAGUCAGCCAGGCCUUUUCAAGCUGUGGGCCGUCAUUGGGAGCGAUCUUCACUGCCUCAAGCUGAACAUCCCGCGUGUCUUCUACGUCAACCAGCGCACCCCGAAACCUGAAGAGAGCACGGUCUACAAGAAGGUGAACAGAAUUCUUCCCCGCGCAAACCUGGUCUACAGCUUGUACGAAUACUCGGUGCCCGAGGAUAUGUACCAGGAGCACAUCAACGAGAUCAACGCCAGCCUCUCGGCCCCAGACAUCGAAGGGGUGUAUGAGACCCAGGUGCCAUUGCUGCUUCGGGCCUUGAUCCGCCUGGGCUGCGUCUGCAUGGUCAACAGGCACAUGGUGAGGCAUCUCACUGGCCGGGAGGCAGAGACCUUUGAGCUGGAAUACCUGGAAAUGCGCUCUCUGGCCCAGUUCGGCUACCUGGAACCAGGGAGCAUCCGGCACAUCUUCCUGUAUCACAACUCGGAAGGCCACAAGGCUCUGUUUGGCCUCUUCAUCCCAUCUCAGCGCAAAGCAGCUGUCUUUGUGCUGGACACGGUACGGAGCAACCAGAUGCCGAACCUGACCAACAUGUACUCGGCCGAGCGCGCCAUCAUGGUGAAGAAGGUGGGCGAAGAGCUGCUCCCACCGGACAAGCACACCUUUGAAGUACGCGCAGAGAAGGACCUCAAGACGGUCUACAGGGCACUCCAGCGCCUCCUGCUGGGCUACAAGGAUGAGCGCAGGGGCCCCACCCUCAUUGCUGUGCAGUCAAACUGGGACUUGAAGCGGCUGGUCGGCGGGCUGCCUGUCCUCGAGGAGUUCCCGCUGGUUCCUGUCCAGGUGACCAGCGACAUCAGCUACGCAGUCCUAGACUGGCAGCGGCACGCCGCCCGCCACAUGAUCCGCCACUAUCUCAACUUGGACGUGUGCCUGUCGCAGGCCUUCGACAUGAGCAGGUACUACCACAUCCCCAUCGGAAACCUUCCCGACGACGUCUCCACCUUCGGCACCGACCUCUUCUUUUCCCGCCACCUCCAGCGCCACAACCACCUCCUGUGGCUCUCGCCCACCCUCCGCCCAGACCUGGGGGGCAGGGAGGCAGACGACAGCCGCCUGGUCAUGGAGUUUGACGAGAAGGUCUCUGUGGAGAUCAACCACCCAGGCUGCUAUUCUACAGUGUGCGUGGAGCUGGACAUCCAGAGCCUUGCCGUGAACACCAUCCUGCAGUCGCAUCACGUCAACGACAUGGAGGGCGCCUCCAGCAUGUGCAUCAGUUUCGACGUGAUCCCGCAGGCGUCGCUGGAGGACAUGGUCACCGGCAACCAGGGGGCCAACGUCCCCGCCAGCUACGACGAGACGGCCCUCUGCUCCAAUGCUUUCAGGGUCCUGAAGAGCGUGGUGGUCGGCUGGGUGAAGGAGAUCACUCAGUACCGCAACGUCUACGCCGACAACCAGGUGAUCCACUUCUACCGCUGGCUGCGCUCCCCAACCUCUCUGCUCUUCGAUCCAGCGCUGCACCGCAUGCUGCACAACAUGAUGAAGAAGCUCUUCCUGCAAUUGGUGGCAGAGUUCAAGCGUCUCGGCUCCUCGGUGGUCUACGCCAACUUCAACCGGAUCAUUCUGUGCACCAAGAAGCGCCGGGUCGAGGACGCCCUGGCCUACGUGGAGUAUAUCACCAACAGUAUCCACUCGAAAGAGAUCUUCCACUCUUUGACCAUUUCCUUCUCGCGUUGCUGGGAGUUGUUGCUCUGGAUGGACCCAGCCAACUAUGGCGGCAUCAAGGGCCAAAUGCCGUCCCGUCUCCACUGUGGGGAGGAGAUCAGCACGAACCAGGCAGCAGACAAAGAAGACAGGGAGGAGGAGGAAGAGGAGGAGGAGGACAAAGACCAGGAGGAAGGGGUGGGAGAAGAGGACGUGGAGGACCUCCUGGAGAACAACUGGAACCUAGUGCAGUACCUGCCCCAAGCAGCCUCCUGCCAGAAUUACUUCCUCAUGAUCGUCUCGGCCUACAUCGUUGCCGUGUACCACAGCAUGAAGGAGGAAACGAGGCGCAACGCCCCCGGAAGCACCCCGCUCAAGAGGCAGGCGAGCAGCCAGGUUUCCCAGAAGCCCGUGGGGGAGACCGGCGCCAUGCCUGGCACGAUCACUUUCUCCCAGGAGUAUGUCUCCAAUGAGCUCACCCAGAACUUCUUCACCAUCACCCGGAAGAUCCAGAAGAAAGUGAGCGGUUCCCGGCGCAUGACAGAGCCCUCGGAGAUGUUCCCGGCCCUGCCCGGCUCGUACCUGGUCCUCAACAACCCAGUGCUGGAGUUGGUUAAAUACGUCUGUCAGGUGCUCUCUCUGGACACCAACAUCACCAACCAGGUGAGCAAGCUGAAGCGAGACCUCCUCCGUCUGGUCGAAGUGGGGGAAUUCUCGGAGGAGGCCCAGUUCCGGGACCCCUGUCGCUCCUACGUCCUCCCAGAGAUGAUCUGCAGGACCUGCAACUUCUGCAGAGACCUGGACCUCUGCAAGGACCCCGCCCUCUUCCAGGAUGGAUCCAUGCUGCCUAACUGGGUGUGCUCCAAUUGCCAGGCCCAGUACGACUUGGAAGCCAUCGAGAUGGCCUUGGUGGAAGCCCUGCAGAAGAAACUGAUGGCCUUCACCCUUCAAGACCUGGUGUGCCUGAAGUGCAAAGGCAUCAAGGAUACCCACAUGUCUGUCUACUGCAGCUGCGCUGGGGACUUUGACCUCCUCUUGCCCACCAAGACCUUCCUGGAGCAGCUGAACGUCUUCCGCAGCAUCGCCCAGCACUACAACAUGGCCUUCCUGCUCGAGAACAUCAACUGGCUGCUGCAGAUGAACCCCCGUCUUCUCUCCUGAGAGCCCCUCCCCCAGGCCAGGCCUAGCCCCCUGGGACUGGCUGCCGCCCUGGACCCCGGAGCUCCUUCCCGGGCCAGGCUGGUGGCAUCCUGUUGUGUUGGGGGCAGCGAUCCGGGGAGACACGGCGUCUGCUCCAGGGUGCAGGCAAGCAGGCAGGGCGGGUCCUGCCAUCCAGAGAGCGGCGGCAUCGGACCAGCCAGACUCCGGGAACGAGCCCAGCGGGGUGUGCACUUCUGCUCUGUUUGCUGAGCUGUGGGUCAGGAUGGGAGGAAAGCUGUGGAUUAUGGGGCUCUUUGGAUGCCCAUAUAUUAUUCUGUUUUAUUUCGGGGGGGUGGAGAGAGAGAGAGUGAGUGUGUGUGUGUGUGUGUGUGUGUGUGUUAAUGCUGUAAAUAAAUGUUUGUUUUUCCAAAUCGGCCCUUGCCCGUAAUUUGGACCUUCUGAAUUGAUUUUUCCACUCUUCACAGUUAAGUUUCUUAAAACAAAUGGGAUGUGGCUAAGUGUAACAAGGAAGUUAAGUGUAAAUGGAGUUGAUGUGGCAAGUGUGUUGGUGUCUGCAUUCCAGAUUUCCAGAGAACCGUCCCUUUUUUCCCCUUCUUUCUUUUUUUAAAGCCUCUGAUAUAUUGCUCAUUCACGAUGGGCUAAUUAAGUUACUCCUCUGGUGGACUGGGGGGCUGUGUUCACACUUGCAGUGGCUUUAUCCCAUUCCCCCAGAGUUCUUAGCCUUGGGUCCCCAGCUGCUGCUAAGACUACAGCUCCCAUCAUCCCCAGCCACAAUGGCCAAAUGCCAUAGCUAAGCAGGGUCCGCCCUGCUUGCAUAUGAAUGGGAGACUGGAAUUGUGAGCACUGGAAGUUAUUCCCCUUCAGGGGGUGGAGCCGCUCUGGGAAGAGCAGAAGGUUCCAAGUUCCCUCCCUGGCAGCAUCUCCAAGAGAGGGCUGAGAGAGAGAUUCCUGCCUGCAACCUCGGAGAAGCUGCUGCCAGUCUGGGUAGACAAUCCUGAGCUGGAUGGACCAAUGGUCUGACUCAGCAUAUGGCAGCUUCUUAUGUUCCUGAGGAAAGCUAGCUUCUCAGUGUAGCCAUGAAAUUGCUUCCAUGCAGUAGAACUUGCCUAGGAAUACAGCAACUCCCCCCCCGCCAAAAAGGGGCUAGUCUGAAAUGGUUCUCUAGCCAUAGGUGCCAGGAUGCCCGACUUAGGGCCUCACAGUGCCAUUUCCUUGCCUCCUUCCAGCCCCCUUCCUCUCCCCACAACUGUCAAGCAUGUUUUCUCCAGUUGCCCAUUAGCCCAUCAAUUUCAGGGGUGGGGGCAGCUUCCCUGACCUACUCUGAGGAGUGGAGAGUACAAAACAGUUUCCACUGAUCAUAAAUAAGUGAGUGAGGCAUUAGUGCUCCUAAUGGACUCCAGAGAUUCCUGGGCAGACCCGGGCAAAAUGGAAGGAGACCAAAGCCCACUCCCUGAUGCCGCCUCUCCCACAGACUGAUUUCUGGGUCAUGAUCCUAUAUGAGAGCAGCCCUGCAGGAUCAGGAUCAAGGCCUAUCUGGUCCAGUCUCCUGUUCCCCACAGUGGCCCACCAGAGGCCUCUGGGGAGCCCACAAGCCAGAGAUGGAGCUGGAGGUGGGGAACGUAGACUGUCCUCCCCAAAUUUGUCUCGGCCCCUUUUAAAGCCAUCCAAGCUGGCAGCUGUUGCCACAUCCCAUGGCAGAGAGUUCCACAGAUUAAUGGCUACUAGUCUGAGAGCUAUCGGCCACCAGCCUCAGAAGAAAGAUGCCUCUAAAUACCAGUUGCAGGGAAACAGGAAGAGAGAGGACACUCCACAAUUUUUGGUCUGUGACCCCCAUCAUUCCAAGCCCGUGACCAAUACAGCCCUGCCCCAAGAGGAAUAUCCCACAGCACUCUCGCAUCCAAAUGCCAACCAGGACAGACCCUGCUUAGCAAAGGGGACCACUCAUGUUCACUCCCACAAGACCAGCUUGUCUCCCAGGCGUCACAGCUGGGAAUUAUGGUAGUCCCAGAACAUAUGGGACCCCAAGGUUGGGAACUUAGUUUUAAAAUGAGUUUUUAACCUGCUUUGUGUUUGUUUUUUGUUUUCUCCCUUUUUGUCUGUUUAUGAUUUAAUGUGUUAUGGGUUUUUUAUUGCAUGUUUUAAUCCUAUGUUGUGAGCUGCCUAGAGAACAAUUUGUUAUGGGGCACCUAACAAAUAAAGUUUAUUAUCAUUAAUAA